AUGCCCGUCUCCGAAGCCAAAUUCAACAAGGCCGUCGAGAUCGUUCAGGGUCUCCCCAAGAACGGGCCCAUCCAGCCCUCGCAGGACGACCAGCUUUACUUCUACAAGCAUUACAAGCAAGCGACGGUGGGCAACGUGAACACGACCCGGCCGGGCAUGCUCGACUUUGGAGUGAUGGGGCACUACCCCGGCCCUUCUCCCGGGGAUGCGUGGAAGUCGGUCGAGGGCCUGUCCAAGGAGGAAGCCCAGGCAAAGUACGUCGAGAAGCUGCUGGAGGUUCUGAACGCAGUGGGGGACGAAGAGGCGAAGAAGCACAUCGCCGCAAUCGAGGCGACGGAGUAG